AUGCUCACGGCGCUAUCCCGUUUCGUCGCGAAAUCCGCCCAGCACGCCCUUCCAUUCUUUAAGCUACUGCAAAAGGAAGCGACCUUUGAAUGGUCCGAGGAAUGCGAGCAAGCGCUAUCCCACCUAAAGCAAGUGCUCUCAAAACCGCCCGUCCUCUCCCGGCCUGGCGACAACGAGAUCUUAUAUCUCUACCUGGCCGUUUCAAACGAGGCGGUCAGUGCGGCCUUGAUCCGAGAGACUGAAGACGGGCAGAAGUCCGUAUACUUCACUAGCAAGGCCCUACAAGGGCCCGAGGUGCGAUACCAACAAAUCGAAAAAGUCGCGCUGGCCCUAAUAACUGCGGCCAUGAGGCUAAGGUACUACUUCCUCGCCCAUACCAUCGUCGUCCGAACAGAUCAGCCCAUUAAACAACUUCUCACCCGACCAGACAUGGCCGGAAGAAUGUUAAAGUGGUCCCUCGAACUAUCCGAAUUCGACAUACAAUACGAAAGCAGGAAAGCGCUGAAAGCUCAGGCACUGGCUGAUUUCAUAGCCGAGAUGACUUCAAUCACUAACUCCCCGGCACCCGCUGAGAAUAAGUGGACCAUCUACGUAGAUGGCGCCUCGAGUAGCUCGGGGAGCGGAGCCGGCAUUAUCCUAGAAAACGACGAAGGGCUUAUCAUAGAAGUAUCCUUGGUUUUGUCUUUCACCACGUCGAACAACCAGGCCGAAUACGAAGCUCUCCUGGCGGGCUUACAACUCGCCGAAGACGUGGGUGCUCGGGAGGACGAACUUCCCUCUGACGUGAAGGAAGCCUCAGCAAUCAAAAGACGAGUCUGCUCGUACACUAUCGUCGAGAAUAAACUAUACCGACGAGGUUUCUCCAUUCCUCUCCUUAAAUGUAUUGACAAGAGCUCACAACCCUUACAAGUACUCGCCAUCGGCGACGACCACUGCUGGAUGACCCCGGUAUAUAACUUCCUCACGAAGGACGAACUUCCCUCUGACGUGAAGGAAGCCUCAACAAUCAAAAGACGAGCCUGCUCGUACACUAUCGUCGAGAAUAAACUAUACCGACGAGGUUUCUCCAUUCCUCACCUUAAAUGUGUCGACGCCUCGCAAGCACUCGAAUACUUUAAGAGCUUCAUGAAGGGAUCAACGGUCAACACCUCGGCGGCCGAUCACUAG